GCCGUCUUCACCGCCCCCACCCCCUGCCCCCCCCCCCGUCGCAUGGCGGACAGGUCGCAGUGGACGGUCAUGACUGUGGAGCACAGGGAGACGGCGGGGAUCCCUUCCAGGAAUAAUCAGAUCAUCCUGAAUCAACUGAGAGAGAUCACGGGCAACAGUGAUGUCAUCGCUUUACAGCAAGCGCUGCAGGCCGCGCAGGGGGAUGUGUCCCAGGCCGUCGCGUUGCUCACGGAGACGCCCAAUCAAAACGCGGGCUGCGCACUCUCAUCCAGCCAAUCGCAUCGCUCGCUCCCCAACCAAUCACAGAACAGCAACGUGUGUGCGUGUGCGGGCGAGCAAGCAGGCGUGAUUGACCUCACGGGCGACGACAAGGAUGACCUGCAGCGCGCCAUCGCCCUGAGCCUGCAGGAGACGAGCGAGCGCGCCGUCAGGGCCGACCUCACCACCGAGGAGCAGGACAUCAGCCGGGUGCUGGAGGAGAGCCUGGCGGAGGCAUCGGGCCCCGGAGGAGUGAAGCGCAAGCGCGACUCCCCGUGCGCUUGCUCGUGCCCGCGAGAGGGCGAUGGUGCCAGCGGCGGCGGCGCGGCGGAGGGGGAGGUGGCCGUGUCGGCCGUGCGGGCGCCGGGGGCCCCCGUUGGGCUCAAGAACGUGGGCAACACCUGCUGGUUCAGCGCCGUCGUGCAGUCUCUGUUCCACCUGCCUGGGUUCCGCCGCCUCAUCCUCGGAUUCACCCUCCCAGACUCUCGGCUCCAGAACCCGCAGUCGGAAAAUGAGCGCGUGGGGCUGUGCUUCAUGCGGGAGCUGCGCGUGCUCUUCGCCCUCAUGGUCGGCUCCGUGCGUGGCUUCGUCGACCCCUCCCCCGCCGUCCACAUCCUCAAGGGGGCCUUCCGGGGAGCGGACACCCAGCAGGAUGUCAGCGAGUUCACCCACAAGCUACUCGAUUGGCUUGAGGAUGCCUUUAGGAUCUCGGCUGAAGAAAGCAGGGACGACUCUCUGAAGACCGUCAACCCCAUGGUCGACCUCUUCUACGGCCGAGCGCGCUCCAUCGGCACCAAUCAGGGGAAGCGCUUCGCGGUGCUCGAGGGCUUCGGACCACUGCCCGUGCGUGUGUCGGGGUUCCACGACCUCCACGAGUGCCUGGAGCACGCCACCAUGGCUGGCGACAUCGAGCAGCAGCAGCAGCAGCCGCCUGCGUGCGCCUCCUCUGGGCAAGAGCUGUGGUUCUCGGAGCUGCCCCCUGUGCUCACACUCGAGUUGUCUCGAUUUCGCUUCAACACGGAGGUUGGACGCCCGGAGAAAAUCCACUCCCGACUCGAGUUCCCCGACACCAUCUACAUGGAUCGGUACAUGGAGAGUAACAAGGAGGUGACAAGGAUCAAGAGGGAUGAGAUCCGGCGCUUGAGCGAGCAGCAGAGCCACCUCCAGCAAACCCUAGCACGAUAUCAGAGCUAUGGGUCCGGUCCUCAGAGGUACCCGUUGGUUGAUAUUCUCUCCUGCGCCCUGCAGUUUGCAUCCACACCUCCUGCUACUGUCUUGCUCCCUCCUACAUCCUUAGUCAAUCACAAGGGUCCAUCGUCCGCUGCUAAGCCACCUUGCACGCUCUCGACCAAUCAUGUCACUACAUCUCCCACCGUCUCGUCCUCUCAAGUAGUCUCGACCAAUAACAUAGCUCUGUUUCCCAUUGUCGAGUCCACUCCAAUACCAUCAACCAAUCACGUUGUUUCAUCUUCCGCAGCCUCGCCUAUCCCUGUACUUACAACUAAUCACAGUGAUCUGUCUUCCACUGUGCCGCCCACUCCUAUGCAGUCAACCAAUCGCGUUGUUUUAUCUCCUACCUCCUUACCUAUACCUGUACCUUUAACCAAUCACGUUGCGCCAUCUUGUGCGACCACUUCCACCCCCACGACAUCAAUUAAUCACACAGCUCCAUCUCCUGCGGUCUUGCCCAUUCACAUAGCCUCGACCAAUCACGUUGCUCCGCCCACUGUUGUGAAGUCACCGGCUGACCGGGCCUUGUUAGUGGAUGACACCGGCCCCGUGUUGAUUAAUGGGGUCGCCGAACUGGGAGUGGCUCUACCCCCUUCUGAUGAGUCAUCUAAACAGCCGAAGGCAGAGGCGCUGGAUAUCAACGGCGAUUUAUCCGAGAGCGAGAGCACAGCUGCUCCGGGCUGCGUUGUCGCUGAUGGUGAAGUUCACCAACUGCGGCAACAGCCGCAGCCACCUUCUGCAGCAGCCGCUGUGGCUUGCUCAGCACCCGAACCGCACCACACGCAAGAACGCCACGGCGCUCGGGCGCGACAGGAGGUCCCGGCGCAGCAGAAGUCUGGCGAGCAAAAUCGGACCGGCGAUCCACCACCACCCGGGACCGAACAACGGACAGCCGAUUCGCAGCAGGCCAGUGUGCUGCAGCAAGGCAGCCUGCAGCAGGAGGCAAUGCAGGUGGACACACUGCAGGAGAACGUGCAGCAGGGGGAAGAGGAGGGGAGCCAGCAAAAAGACAUCACGCAGCAGCAGCAGGAGUUGGCACAGGGGGAGAGUAACCAGCAGACGGAGACGCAGCAGCGUUUCGACCUGCAGUCGGAGGCAAACCAAGUGAGCUUGCUGCAGGACAUGCAGCAGCAGCAGCACCGAGGAAACGUGCAGCAGGAGCAUGUGCAACAGGGUAACCCACAGCAAGGAAACUUUCAGCAGGAGAACUCGGAGCAGUGUAAGGAGCAGCAGGAAGGCUCGACGCAGCAGUGUGACGUACAGCGGGUGCAGGCGGUCGAGGCGCGGCAGGAGGGGGGGCGCCUGGAGUGGCACGGUUGCCCGGCGCCACAGGCGGUGACGGCGCUGGAGCUGGAGCUGGUGAGGGCCGUGCUGAGCCGCUGGAACAGCCAGGUGCAGAGGGAGCUGCAGGAUCUUCAGGACAGCAUCUGUCGAAUCAAAAGAACCAUCGACUUAAUGUACACGGACAAGACCUUUAGACAGCUCCCGUACCGGCUGCACGCCGUGCUGGUGCACGACGGGCAGGCCAUGGCGGGACACUACUGGGCGUACGUCCGCGAGCACGCGCGUCUGCCCGCCGCCGCCGCCGCCAGCAGCAGCAGCAGCAGCAGUGGCAACAGCGCAAGCUCCAACAGCAACAGCGUUGGUGCGAGUGACGAGAGCUCGGGCUCCGACUCCUGCUGGCGCAAGUUUAACGACGUGCGCGUGAGCCGCGCCUCAUGGGCCGAGCUGGUGCGCGACUCGUACGGAGGGGGCGCGCGCAGCGCCAGCGCGUACUGCCUCGUGUACGUGAACGCCCGCGCGCACGACUUCACUUCCGAGCUGGCGGGCGAGGCCGUGGGCGACCUCUCCUCCCUGUCGCCCGCCCUGCGCGACCUUGUCGCCAAAGACAACCACCGCUUCCUGUCGGAGAUGGCGAUGCGGGGCAACGGGCCGGAGCGGCCCGCAGAGCCUGACGCGGACGCGCGGGAGCCCGGGCAGCGCGCGGAGCCGCGCGAGCACGAGCAGGAGGAGCGCCGGCACGAGCACGGCGGCGAGCAAGCGCCCGCGCGGGCGGCCCCUCCGGCGGCGGCGGCGGCGGCGGCGGCGUCACGCGAGGGCGAGGGGUCGGGCGCCGCGCGCGAGCAGGAGCGGGCGGACAAGCACUCGCAGACGAACUCGCUCGAGCAGGAAGCGGAGCCGACGCGCGAGCGCGUGGAUGGACGCGCUCGCGCGGGCGAGCGAGAGGAGACGCGCGUGCACGAGGGGCGCGCGCCGGACGUCGCCUCGAUCAGCGAGACCCAGAGGCAAGGCAGUGAGGCGGACGGAUCUGCGUCUCUUCCUGGUCGUGAAGGGACUUCAGCCCCGUCACCCUCACCUUCAGGCACGGAGGAGUACAUGAAAGUAGGCCCGGACACGCCCACGGAAAAGCCCAGGGUGGAGCGCGUCGUCGAGGUCUCCAUCCCGGACGUGGGGACCAUCGUCGUCCAGGCGGAGGAGCAUGGCUACAACGACGAGGUGAUGCUGACGCCGGCCAUGCAAGGCGUGCUCAUGGCGGUCGCUCGAGCCCGGCUCGUGCGCGAGGCUCAGGGGCCCGAGGCCACCCUCAUUGAGGCGUUUCGCGUAGAAUACGCGCGCCUGAGAACCCUGGCGCAGGAGUCGUACCCGGACGCCUCCUCGCCCGCGUCGCCUCCCCUGGCGCCCGCGGGCGCGUCAGGGGCGGCGGCGACGGCGUGGCGCGGCCGUGAGGAGCGGCUGGAGCACGUCGUCAUCUACCUCUUCCAGAACGAGGCUCCCAACCGCGUGGUGGAGCGCGCUCUGCUCGAGCAGUUCGCCGACCGGAACUUGAGCUACGACGAGCAGCUCAUUAAGAUAAUGAAGGUUGCUCAGGCGAAAUUGCAAGAAAUCAGUCCUGAAGAUAUGGAUCCAGCUGAGUACCAGAAAUGGCACCAGGAGUAUGAGCUGUUCCGGCAAGUGUGUGUUUACCUGGUUAUGGGCAUCGAGAAAUAUCAGGAGGGCAGGUACACAGAGGCGCUGCCGUGCUUAAUGCACGCGCAUGCGGUGAACGAGGAGCUGCUGGCGCGCGGCCAGCGCCGGGGCGUGCGGCGCGACGUGCUGGCGCGCUACCGCAGGGUGUGCGUGCGGCGAGUCAACGAGGCGUGCGCGCUGACGUUCGGCACGGGGGACGUGGCCCAGGCCACGCGCUCGCUCGCCGUCAUGACGGAGUUGGUGCUGCCCGCCAUGGCGCUCCUGGCCCCGCUGGGCAGCUCCUGCGAGGGCGGCGACGCCGGGGACGAGGCGGCCGUGGCCAGGGAGUCCGACCUGUGCGCCGUCGAGCUGAUGCGCGACCGCUGGUGCUCCUACCUUGGCCGCGACGACAUGGCGUCCGAACUCCAGGAGCUGCUCACCGACUUCCUGCCGCGGCUGCUGGACUACCAGCCCGAGCCAGCUCCGCCGACACAGCUCACUCCUCCUCCCCUGCAGGGGCCGCCACCGCCGCCGCCGCCGCCCUCCGAGCCCCGCAAAUGCGAAUCUUCCGGCGAAAACUGGCGCGGCCUGCGGGCCCCGCCGCGCCUCAAGGCUUACUCGCCCCACACGCUUGCCGAGAAGAUGGCAGAAGUACUCAGGGUGAAUCGGCCCCGCGAGGCGUAGCGAGUGAGCGAGCGAGCAGGGCGUGGGGUUAACGGGGUGCGGGGGCUGCUCACCCACAGAACUGAUUCUCAGCGCUGUUGUUUUGAUGCUAGGAACUUUGCCGGCUCUUCCCGGAAAUUCUGCAAUUGCUUCCUUUUGCUGCGAGAGUUUUCCCAGCUUUGGGGGAAUUCCCUCGAAUGUUUUCUUUGGCCCUGGAAUAUUUAUCAGCACUUCCCAGGAACUGAGCUGCCACUUCUUGCGUUGGCAAUAGAGGGAUUUCUUAGUUCUCCUCGGGAAUCCUGAAAAUUAUUCCUUCUGCUCUGAGGGAUGUCACUGUUCUUCCCAGAAAUCAUAGAAUGUUUCAUUUUGUCUUUGGAGGUGAAAGAGCAUUCUCAGCUCUUCCUGGAAAUUCUGCAGGUCCUUAGACUCUUCUUCAGCGUCAACACACACAAAACCACCAUUCCUGGAAACAUCCCAUUUCAGAAUUUGACUUGCGGAUAUUGGACCACGCCACUGGAACACAAAGGUCUACCCUUGUGAAGGACGCCACGAGUUCUUUAAUGUCCACUUCACAGCAGGCGGUGCACUCUGGUUGAUGAUGAUGACGAUGAUUGUGAUGAGAAUAACAUCUGACGAAAAUCACAGGGCAGUGAUGGGUGAUGGAACCGUCAACUCAGAGCAAACUUGUCAAGCGUCGAGCGUGCUCAAACAACGGCCGCCCGGCUGGCCGCCGCCAUUAGUGGCGGAAGAUUUUUCCACCUCUUUCCGGGAAUUCCCCGUGUGUGUCCGUGCGUGUAUCCGUGCGCGUGAGCUACAAAGCGUGUGCAAAGUCUGGCUUGUGAUCCCAUGGGAAGUAUGUAUUUUUUUUCCACAAACCCCCCCCCCCCUUGUGAAUGAUGGCCUGACAUCUGGGACAAGUUGUGUGCUGUACGUAACCUCCGGGAAAGGUCCCCGGCACGCUUGCCAAAGUCUUAGGGAAGAGCCCAUGCUUGCCGUGUCCUCAGCAGGCUCUUCCCUCACUUCAUCCCGAGCCCAUGUAACUGUCACGCUUGUGGUUUUCCUUGUGCUCGU